AUCUGGGGCGGCUGCUGCAGAGCGGCCGGGAGGAGGGUGGGUCUCCCCAGAGUGGAGCGCCGGAGUCCUCCUCCUCCGCCGCCCAGGCCGCCGCCGCCCUCCCGACUCCUGCAGCGCCCUGCCCGGAACUCCGAGCACAGUGCCGAGCGCGGUCCGAUCGGCACAGCCGAAGCCCGAGAGCCCGCGGGGUGAGCGGCUCGCGGUGCAGAUUCUUCUUACUCCUCUGAAGACUCUGGGAAGCAGGAUGGCUGCAAAUAAACCCAAGGGUCAGAAUUCUUUGGCCUUACACAAAGUCAUCAUGGUGGGCAGUGGUGGUGUGGGCAAGUCCGCCCUAACUCUGCAGUUCAUGUAUGAUGAGUUUGUAGAGGACUAUGAACCUACCAAAGCGGACAGCUACAGGAAGAAGGUAGUGCUGGAUGGGGAGGAGGUGCAGAUCGACAUCUUAGACACAGCUGGGCAGGAGGACUACGCUGCAAUUAGAGACAACUACUUCCGAAGUGGGGAGGGGUUCCUCUGCGUCUUCUCUAUCACAGAGAUGGAGUCCUUUGCAGCCACAGCGGACUUCAGGGAGCAGAUUUUAAGAGUGAAAGAAGAUGAGAAUGUUCCGUUUCUCCUGGUUGGUAACAAAUCAGAUUUGGAAGAUAAAAGGCAGGUUUCUGUAGAAGAGGCAAAAAACAGAGCUGACCAAUGGAAUGUUAACUACGUGGAGACAUCUGCUAAAACGCGCGCCAAUGUUGACAAGGUAUUUUUUGAUUUAAUGAGGGAAAUUCGAGCCAGAAAGAUGGAAGACAGCAAAGAAAAGAAUGGAAAAAAGAAGAGGAAAAGUUUAGCCAAGAGAAUCAGAGAAAGAUGCUGCAUUUUAUAAUGGAAGCCCAAACUCCUUUCUUAUCCUGACCAUACUAAUAAAUGUAAUUUAUAAGCAUUGCCA